CAAAUCAUGAUCUACACCAUGAAGAGAUCAGCAAUGAAAUUGAUACGCAGAAUUAAUCUAAACCAACACUAACUUAACAUUAACACAUGUCUGAAAAUGUCAAAGUUAACUCAAUAUCCUCAUGCAGUGUGUGGGAAUAUAGAAUGAGGUGGAUGAAGAGGGUGAAGUUUUGCUGAGAGUGUACAGUACCAUCUAGAUAGGGUAGGAUGUGGAGAGAGUAGGUAACUAAGUAACUAAUUUGUAAAUGAAACAAAGAGGUUCAGAAGGAAAUUGAGAUAAAUAGAAGUUUCAGAGGGGGGAAAAAAAGUAUGGUAAUUAAGAAACAUGAACGAGAUCAAGAGGGGAAUGAAAUAAAAUCUAAGAUGUAAUAUGAGGUUUAUGAAGAUCUGGCAGCUACAAAAGGAAAUAAAAAAGGGAGCACAAGAGACCUUCAAGGACAAAAAGGAGAGGAAAGGAGUUGUAGAUAUAGGUAAUGAAGAUACACGUAGAAGGAUCAGAGAAGAAAAUGGACUAGAUCAACAAGCUGUGAAAGAGAAUGAAGAACAACUUAAAGGAAAACAUGAAAAGUUAAUACAAUAGAGGAAAGUAGAGGAAAAUUAGUAUGUACUAUAAGAUUAUAAAGUUCAGGAAAAAGAAAUAGGAAUAAUUCAGGUAGAGGACAAACAAACAAGAGGGAAAAAAAGUGAAUAAUUUAGUGAUUUGCAAAUUAAGAGCUGGGUGGAAGAGAUUUAUAAGAGCAAAAACAAGACCAGGCAGUGUGCAUGUAUAUAUUUUGUACAAGUUGACUACUGAUAGAUAAGCACAAAUGAUGGAAAACAAUAAUACUGAGAGGAAAAGAAGAGAGAGGAUAAGAAGUAAGAAAACCGAGGGUGCUACCGGGUAAGUUACAGGACAUGCAACAGAAUGAGAAAUAGUGAAAAGAAUAAAGUACAAACAAGGAAGAGGAGUACAAAAGAGAAUAUGUGUCUCCAGACCUAACACUAGAGAAAAAAAUAAAGGCUAAGGAACUUGAGAACACAGCGCAAGGAAUGAAAGGACAGGGAAGAAAAGGUUGAAUAUUUUAAAAAGGACAACUCAUGAGGGGAAAAUUUCAAUAAAAACUACAGAAAGAGCAGAGUAAAAAAUACCAUGAAGGUAAAGAAUGAAACACAGAUUAUAUAAUGGUAAAUUGCAUAACAUCUGAGACAUGACAUGUAAAAAUAAGGCUGAAAUAAGACUGAAAAACUAGGUAAUGGGAAAUUUUGUAAUGUGUAAUCUACUGUAAUAUCAAAAAGAUGAAACUGUCAGAGGAAUUAAAUGACUGUACAAGUGUGAAAGAAGUAAGUGAUAAGAAAAAAUGGAAAGGAAUUGGAAAUAGAAUAAAGAAACAAACAAGCAAAAACAUCAUUUGUGUGAAGUGUGAAGGAGAAAACAUUUCUAAUUGGUAAUGGUCAUUGUACCAUGUGGUGUGCAAGAAGAUAGGAAGAUGAGAAGGAAAUAAGAAAGGAUUAUUGAAGGAAGACAAGACCAUCCAUUGGUUAUUAUAGGAGACUAACUAGACAUGUGGGAUUCCAAGAUAAGGGAAAAAAUAGAUGGAUGAAGCCUUUUACUGUUUUAUUGAAUAAUAGUAAGAAGCACAUGGGAAGUUAGACAUAGUAAGUGUUGUAGAUUAUACAAUUUUACGGAUAUACAUAUAUGUAUGUAUUUAUAGAUAAAGCAAAGUACUUAAUUUAACAGACUAAUCUUAUACAAAGCUGACUAUAGGCAAAGAUAAAGAAAUGGAAGAUUACAAGAAGGAUGAGGCCUCACUAUAGUUACAUUGUACAUGAGGUAGAGGAGGAAUGCAACAAAGAAAAAGAAUUUUCAAGAAAUUAGGUGACAAUGAAGAAAAUAAUAAAAAUAGAAUAUGUAUAAGGAAUAUAAUACAAAAUGUGACAUUGAGUCCACUUGACUAAUGGAGGGCUUAAAGGAGGAUGUAGCCAAAAAAGAAAAUGAAUGGGAAAUGUAGGAAAGCAAUAGGAGACCAAGAAAAAAGGAAGGACUAUCAUUAACCAGAAAGAAUUAUUCAGGAUAUGAUUGAGAAAGAAAUUUACUUGCAUGAAGAAAAGAUAACUGAACAUAACCUUCCAGUUAACAAUCUCUUCUUCUUCAGUGACACUCAGCUAUUCUAUUCUACACUGAACAUCUUUGGUCUGCCCUUUACCAAUGAUAUAAACUUUUUGCUAAGACAGUGUAAAGUUAGGCAUUCUGAGUCAGUUUUCUCACCAAGGAGUAUGCUUCACAUAUUCGUGCUAAUCCUUUGAAGAGGGUUUAAUCAAAAGAACUUCAUCUUAUCAUCUCUUUCCUCUGAUUGUCUUCAGCCUCUGUCUUUGCUGCAUGGAUGCAUCAUUUACUAUCUUCUAUCACUACUUUCACACUAACUAUUGAUUUUGCUAGCUACAUGCCUCUCCUGGGGUUAUGCUGCACAAGGCAUUCUACUGUCUCUCAACCCUAUUCUGACCAUCUUUCUAAUGCAAGAGUUAACCAAUAUUUUCAAUCUUUAUCCCAUUUAAUGAUUAGCUCUAAAUCUCUUUGUCAGUUUCUAUAUUUCUUUCUAUCUGUGACUUGAGCUCUUUCACAAAGGAGGCUUCAAGACUUCUCUUAAUUUUGGAUAGCCUUUUUGACUUCUCUUUGAAGUGGCACCUUCACUGGGCCUUUUUUCCAGCCAUUCUUAUUGCCACUGGCCAAGUUCCCUCUUUCAUAAAUAAAUUUCAGGCACCAUUACUUUCAAAUCACAUGCAAAUCAGCUGCUGCUGGUAGUUUACUGUUUAGUGUUGGGGAAAAAACAAAAAAAAACUGACCUUUCAGAAUAUGAAAUGAUGAAGUACAAUAUACUGCUGCUGUUGCUGCUUCCUUUAAAUGUUUUCAGCUUUUGAUGAUCAGGAAAAUAUUAAUUGAAUUUUUCACACUGUGGCAAUCACACACACAGUAUGGUGUGUUAACAGCUUAAUGAGCGAGGUGUAUGGACUUGGACCGCAGCACAAGCUGUAUUGAACUCUGCACAAUGUGGUUAAUGGAUGUUGAGUGCUGACUCAGCAGAUAUGUCUGUAUUCCGGCCUGGAUUAUUUAAGGGAAAGGUGGCCCUAGUGACUGGGGGUGCCACAGGCAUUGGCAGAGCGAUCACUGAAGAACUCCUGUCCUUGGGCUGCAGAGUUAUAAUAGCUUCCAGAAAGGAGGAAAGACUGAAGAAUGCAGUGCAGGAAAUGCGUCCAAACAGUAAUAAAUUAAAAGCCAAGGUGUGCAAUAUUAGGAGUGAAACCCAAGUAAAAGACCUGAUUUCCUUCACUCUAAAUGAGAUGGGCAAACUGGAUUUCCUGGUGAACAAUGGUGGUGGUCAGUUCCCAUCUGGAGUUAGUGACAUGACCUUGAAAGGAUGGAAUGCUGUGAUUGAUACAAACCUUAAUGGUACUUUUCUCAUGUGUCAGGAAGUUCAUCGGCAGUGGAUGGCACAGCAUGGUGGUGUGAUUAUCAAUAUUAUUGCUGACAUGUUUCGAGGUUUUCCUCUCAUGGCCCAUACUGGAGCUGCCCGUGCAGCAGUGGAGAAUCUCACGAAGUCCCUGUCGGUUGAAUGGGCUGAAGAUGGAGUUCGAAUUAAUGCAGUUGCUCCUGGCAGCAAUAUUUAUUCUCCAACAGCUGCCAGCAACUAUGGAAACUUGAAAAUCUUUGAUCACGUGCGUGAAGGUAUUCCUAUGAAACGCCUUGGUACACCGCAGGAGGUGGCAAGCACAGUAUGCUUUCUCCUCAGCCCAGGAGCUGCCUUCAUCACUGGAGCAACCUUCAGGGUGGAUGGUGGUGCCAGCCUCUAUUCAUAUCUCAACUGGAGGAUUGAUGAACACAAGAAACUCCCAGCCUACUCCUGGAAUUACACACCACCGGAGCAAGAAGACCAUGAGGAAACAGAAGGAAAAGAUGCAGAUUUGCCCAAAGCAAAAUUAUAGUAGAACACACCUGGUGAAUAGCAAGUCUCUUCACCUACAUACUGGAUGAAUGAUGACAAAAUGGAGAUAAAUGUAUAUACAGUUUAUAACAUGGUUUCUGUGUGUGGGAGUUUGUAUAUAUGUGUGCAUAAGUAUGGGCCUUGUCUACUGGGCUUUUUUAGGAAUGUUGAUGUAGAAUCUGGUCUGGUAUGGAUAAAGUACCACCAAUAAAAGAAAUACUGUCACUAGCAGUGUGAGGAAAUAUAAGACAUGGUCUACGAUUUACGGGAAAUGACACAUAUGUUGGUAUUACUGGUGUGAGAGGUGCCAAGUAAGAACAUAUACCCUCUACUUUGUAACAUACAUGGUAACUCUACCAGUUGUGACCCAAACAGGCUUGCCAACACUACCAACUGACCAAUAGAUGAAGGAUUUUUUUUUAUGUCAUCCAACCCCAGGAUGCUGUUGCUUUUUUUUUUUUUAUUGGUGGUACAUAGAUGACUAUUAUAUGGUGUAUAUAGGAGAUGUAUUUUAUAUGGGUAGGGUAACUUUGAAGCUCAAUGUAAUUGUACAAUAGUCCAUAAACUUUUGUUAGGUUUAGGCAACAUCCAUUAUUGGCAAAUAUUUGUAAAUUCUCUGCCUUGGCUAUCUGCUUUAUACUACAAAAAUUCACAAAACCUUUCUUUUUAUUACUAAAUAAAAAUUACAAAGCCUACUAGCUGCUAACCUACUGGCAAAUAAACAUACUCCUUGUUACCUGCAA